UUCAAAACCUUUCAAUUUCAGUGCUCUUGACUCAAAUUGCACGAUUUCACUCCUCUCUUAUCAUAAUUCCUAUUUCAUCACAUCUUUGGUCUUUUAUCUUAUCCUCCUCUUUUUACAUCUCCUUAAUCUUCUCAUACCAAUGGCUUAUCAGACCAACAAAGGAGCCACCUCCUCCUUCUCCUCUUCUUCCUCUUCUUUUUCUUUCUCUUCUUCCCCUCACCGAUGGAGCUAUGACGUUUUCUUAAGUUUUAGAGGUGAAGAUACCCGUAAUGGUUUUACAAGUCAUUUACAUAAAACUUUGUGUGACAAGGGUUUUGACACCUUCAUUGAUAAUAACCUUCAGAGAGGAGGAGAAAUUUCAAUUGAACUUCUUAAAGCCAUUGAAUCAUCAAAAGUUUCAAUUAUUGUGUUUUCUGAAAACUAUGCUUCUUCUUCUUGGUGUUUGGAUGAACUUGUCAAGAUUUUGGAGUGUAAAAAAAAUAUUGACCAAUUAGUUUUACCUAUUUUUUACCAUGUGGAUCCAUCAGAAGUACGUGGACAAAAGAGAGAGUUUGGGGUGGCCUUGAAAAAAUAUGAAGAAACAUUCAAAGAUAAUAUUGACAAGGUGCAGAAUUGGAGGAUAGCUUUAAAGGAAGUUGGUAGUUUGUCUGGAUGGCACUAUAAGAAUAGUGACACUGAAUCAAAAUUUAUCCAAACAAUUGUUGAAAAUAUACCAAGAACUAUAUUAAAAUGCAAGCCAGUAUUUGUUGGCGAAUGCCUUGUUGGAGUAAAACCUCGUGCCAAGGCCGUAGAAUCACUUUUAAGUAUUGAGUUAAAUGAAUUCCGCAUGGUAGUGAUUCAUGGCUUUUCCGGAAUAGGUAAGACUACAAUUGCAAAAGCAGUUUAUAACAGAAUUGCUAAUCAUUUUGAUAGAAGCAGUUUUUUAGAGAAUGUUAGAGAAACUUCGAAGACAAAGGAUGGCAUUAUCAAACUACAAGGUCAACUUCUUAAAGAGAUUUUAGGGGAUGAAAAUUUGAAAAUUCACAGCAUAUCUGAAGGAAUCAAUUUGAUAAAAAAGGGACUUUGUUGUAAAAAGGUUCUUUUAAUUCUUGAUGAUGUGGAUACAUUGGAAAGAAUAAAAAAUUUGCUUGGAGAUUGUAAUUGGUUUGCUCCAGGAAGUAGAGUCAUUAUAACAACAACAACAAAUCCACAAUUUUUAGCUACUCUUGGAAAAGUUUGUACAACUUAUGAGGCCAAGAAAUUAGAGAAACAUGAAGCUCUUCAACUCUUUGAAAAGCAUGCCUUCCUUGGAAAGAAAGCCAAUAAAGAUUAUUCAAAACUUACAAACCAAGUUAUACAGUAUGCCCAAGGCCUUCCAAUAGCUCUUAUAAUAAUAGCUCGUGAUUUGUGUGGAAGAACUAAACAUGAAUGGGAAAUUACAUUAGAUAAGUAUAACAAAAUUCCCAAUAAAGACAUUCAAGAAGUACUUAGAGUAAGUUAUGAUGGACUAGAGGAAAUCGAACAAGAUAUUUUCCUCGAUAUUGCAUGUUUCUUCAAGGGAUGGACCAAGGGUUAUGUUGUAGAUAUAUUAAAUGCUUGUGAUUUUUAUCCAGAUUAUGGUAUUCCAAGACUUGUUAAUAAGUGUCUCAUUACUGUGGAUCAAUAUGGUAUAUUGUUAAUGCAUGACUUGAUACAAAAAAUGGGUAGGGAAGUUGUUCGACAAGAAUCUACCCAUAUUCUUGGAAAACGUAGCAGGAUAUGGCAUCAUAAAGAUGCUCUUGAAGUACUAAUUGGAAAUAAGGGGACGGACGAAAUUCAAGGUAUAAUGUUGCAUUCACCUAAACCGGUAAAGUUGCAACUACAUCCUGAUGUUUUCAAAAGGAUGACAAAUCUCAGGAUACUUACUGUAAAUAACUUACAUAUUUGUGAAGCAAUUCAAUAUUUUCCCAACGGGAUAAGACUUCUUAGUUGGCCUAAGUAUCCAUUUCCCUUGCCAUCCAACUAUUGUCCUCAACAACUUGUUAGUCUCCAUAUGCCAGAUAGUCGCAUUGAGUUGGAAAAGCUAUGCAAGCAGGUGUUCCAGUUAGAAAAUAUGAAACAUCUCAAUCUUCGUGGUUGUAAAUUUAUAACCAAAUUACCUGAUUUAUGCACCCCAAACUUGGAGACAUUGGACCUUUCUGAUUGUGAAAAUUUAGUUAAGAUUCACGAGUCCGGUGAAUUUCUUCAUAAGCUUAAAACGUGGAAUCUUGAUAAUUGCAAAAAACUUCAAAAUCUUCCAAACAACCUCAUGUUGACAUCUCUUGAAGUUCUUGAUACAUUAUCCCUUCGUGGUUGCAAAAACCUUCGGGAUCUUCCAGAUGGCAUUUAUAAAUUGCAACAGCUUUGGCAGCUCUGGACUCCUACCGCCAAAUUGAGACCGACAUGCAAUUCUUUUGAUAGCUCCUCCGGUUAUGGGUUUCUGAAGAUGGAAUUCCUGGAUUUCAAUUACUAUAAAAACGUAAUUGAAUUAGAUCUUUUGAUGAAGCCUGAUUACUUCCCAGCAUUGAGUUUGAUAUUUCUAGCUGGAACCAAUAUUAUUACCAUUCCCGAAAGCAUUAGCAGAUUUCCUAGUUUAAGUACACUUCAUAUUGAGAAUUGCAAGCACCUUCGUGAAAUUCAAGGACUUCCACAAUCGAUAAGGUGGGUUUAUGCACAAAAUUGCCCGUUGUUGGAUAAUGAAUCACCAAGUGGGGUAUUGAAUCAGGUAGUAGAAAUUAUGGGGAUUUUACCGAAGGGAGUAUGUGGUAGUGCAAGAAGCAAUGAAUUAAUGGAUCCCCAGUUCACCGAUUACUUCCCAUCUGAAACUGAAUCUGAAUCUGAAUCUGAAUCUGAAGAUGGGUACAUAUCACAGUUCCCCAAUUAUUUUACUAAAUAUCGUUUGCUUAGGGUAUCGGGAACUGAGAUUCCAUGGUUCAAUCAUCAAAGUGUUGAAAAUAAUUCCAUAUUGUUCUGGGUUGGUCGCAAAUUUCCAAAAUUGGCUCUCUAUUUUGCUUUUGGAGGCGAUGAGGCAUAUGUUAAGAACCACUAUGAAUGCGUUGUUUACAUUUCCAUCAAUGGCUGUAAAAAACGUGAAUGUAUGCGUGACAUACCUCCAGAGGCUUAUAAUCUUCUAUUAUAUUCUCCAUUUCAAAGGUUUCUACAGCAGAAAUUGAAUGAAUCAAAUCCAACUGACCAGAAUCAUGUUGAGGUUUCAUAUAAAAUCCAACCCCGGUUCCCUGGUAAACUCAAUGCAUUAAAUCCCACAAGGUGGGGGGUCCACGUAGAGUGCAUCUGUCCUCCUCAAGAAUCUGGUAUACCUAACUUGCCCCUUCUAACUGCUGGACACGAUGAUGAUGAUGAUGUUCAUUACUGGAGCGAGUUGCCAUUUCAUGGGUCUGAUGAUUUGGAAGCAGAAGAAGAUGAAAAAUAUCGGUCUCCUCUGGUCCUUGAUGACACAUCUAGUUCGUGCAUGAGUUGGCUAGUUGGGCCAUCCACCAUGCUUUUUAUGCUAUUCCUUUUUAUGCAAUUCCGCUUUUGCUGCCCCAGAGAUUUUUGACCUGCAUUACAAAUAGCUAUUAAGUGGAUCAAUUCAUGUUGAGACACAUUGUCUCCUUCAAGUUGGCGGAAAUGACAAACCUUUCAAGUACUUAAAGAACUGUCUCUUGCUAUGCUUGUCCUCAGGAUUGAGGAAAGAGAUGUGUUGGAACAACUUGUGGAUCAAGCUAUGGCAUGCAGAACUUUCUUGACAAAAAUAGUCAAUUUUUCUUUAGCUUAUUUUGAUAAAGAUCUCGGUGUGGUCCCUGAAAAAUUAACUACUGCUGUUAAGGCUAUUGAAGUGGCAGUUCUGUAUGAUCAUCAAGCUAAUCGCAACCUUGAGCUGGCUUUAGCAAGAUACUCAUGGAGAUUCGAAGUCAGUAGAUUAUUAGGGGGUCUACAAAAGCCCAAGAUCCAACAGAUUCAGCAGCAUUUGAAAGAGGAUCUCAAGACGAGGAAGAUUAUUGGCGGAGGGCAUGAAGCCGGUGGACUUUAUUACUUGGAUUGAUAUGGUUCUUCCCGUUUAGUGGCUUCUCAUUUGUCUAUCUCACUUUUUCAGCAUCAUUGUCGCCUUGGUCAUUGGUCAUCCAUCUCUCAAGAAUUUGAAGUCAUUAGUUCCGUCGUGUCGUCAAAUUGAGUCUUUACAAUGUGAAGCAUGUCAGUUGGGUAAACACCAUAGGGUGCCUUUUGCCUCUAGGCGUGAAUCGUGUUAGUAGUCCUUUUCAUUUAGUUCAUUCUAAUAUUUGGGGUCCAAUAAACACUCCCUCAUUGUUGAGAUUUAGAUAUUUUGUCAUUUUUGUUGAUAUUAUUCUAGAGUCACCUAUCUUUAUCUUAUGAAGGAACGGUCUGAAUUGUAGUCAAUUUUC